GGGAGGAAUUAUGUGAGAUGAAAGUGGUGUUAACCACAACGGUUAGUUAUGAUGCUGGUGAGGGGAAGGUGAUGAAGUGUCCCAGUUCCCUGCCGCAUAUGUUAUUGCUGAUACAGUGUCCCCGGGAAACAGUUGCUGUGUGUUGUGGAAGCUGUGUGGGUGGGACUGAACUGUUCACCACAAUGCUCUCACUCAGAUAAAUAGCAGCUCAGGAAGUUCUGGGGUAGAAGCAGUGCUGUAAUCCACUUCAAGCAAGAGCGUAGAUGACAACCAGUAACUGUCCAACAUAUAGUAUCGAUUCACUUGGAGACUUUCUGAAACAAAGAAGAUGACGACAAACGCAUUCCUGCACGAGACCGCAACAAUCAUAAACACUUCCUCAAAUAGAACUAUCUGUCCAGAAGAUCAUAAGUAUAAAUACAUGGUCUACUCCAGCGUGUACAGUGUUGUAUUCGUCAUUGGGCUGCUUUCAAACAUGUUGGCUCUGUUUGUGUUCUACCGCAUUGCAAAGAGUAAGAAUUCCAGCACCGUCUACCUGAUGAACCUCGCUGUUGCUGACCUCCUGUUUGUGUUCAGCCUUCCCCUGAGGAUUGUCUAUUAUCUAAGAAACGGAGACUGGCCAUUCAGAGAUUUCCUGUGUCGGGUGUCCACCUAUACUUUCUAUGUCAGCAUGUAUUGCAGUAUAUUCUUCCUGACUUGCUUGAGCAUAUCGCGUUUUUUGUCCACGGUCCAUCACAUAAGGCAUCAAAGAAUUUUCACUUUUCGGCGGUGCAUCAUAGCAUGUAUUAUAAUCUGGCUCUUUGUGGGCGUGGCUACAGCUCCCUUCCUGCUAUCAGGGAGCCAACCUUAUCACGACAAAAUCAAGUGUUUUGAGCCUAUGUUCUCCGUGUCCUGGACUCGCAUUGCUAAGAUGAACUAUUUUGCGCUGACUGUUGGGUUCCUUAUUCCCUUUGCCAUCAUUCUCAUCUGUUACUCUUUGAUGAUAAAGUACUUAAUGGGGGUCAGUUGGCAGUCAAGGCGAAUCAAGAGAGACAUAGCCAUGAUCGUGCUGGUUCUGGGAGUGUUUUUAAUCUGUUUCCUUCCCUACCAUGUGCAAAGGACAGUGCAUUUACACCACCUGGUCCAUCACCACAAUGACUGCGAGCUGGAAAACAUUCUCCGCAGGUCAGUGGUGGCUACAUUGUGCCUGGCAGUGGCCAACAGUUGCUUUGACCCUUUGCUUUAUAUUUUUGUGGGGCAAGGGUUUAGAACAUUCGUCAGGGCAUGGCUGAAGAGAAAGGAAUCUAACGUCUCAUACAGCUCCUCGAGUAGCAAGCUCUUCGUUAGCGCUGCAUUUAUCCAACAAGGUCGUAUGUUGGAAUCAUUCACAGAACCAAUAAAGCCAACCCAGACUCUGCAGCAUGGACAAGAUGAAUUACUUACUGGAAAAAGUCAAGGAGAUGCUACAGAAAUAUAGCAAAACAGAAACUGUUGAUCACAUCCAGCAAGACAGCCCACAGUGACUUCUCAAAAGUCUCCACUAUGCUGGUUAGAUGAGGAGAGUUUUUUUUGUCCUUCGCGGGUUGAUUGGUAAAGAUUUUGUACAAAAGGAGUUCCUUAAGAAGAAAAUGUGAUGGAGCGGUUUGAUGGUGACAGUCGGGAAAAUGGGAAUUGUCUACAAUUUGCCACUUUCUCAAAACAACAGUGAUUCCUGAGCUGUCAAAGGGAGGUGUCAAGAAGAGUGGGAGGUGGAGGAUGAGUUGGAACCACAAGACAGAGAGAAUGGAUGGGUGUGACUUUAAAAAGGAAAAUGAAUUAGGUCGCUAAUCACGUACAUUAGAGCAUUUUUAAAUAUAUAUAUAUAAAAAAUUAUCCAGUCCAGUGACUGAUUAUUCCACUGGUGCCAAACAUAUUAAGAUUUAUUUCAAAGAUAUAAUAAAACAAAUAUGUUGAGAGUUCAACUUCUGAUCUGAAAAUUUCCGAGGUGGCCCACUUCCUAUUCCUUGUGCUCUAAAAAUAUUGACUCCACCCACAGCAUAGUCCCUGUCACCCAAAAACAUUCCCCAGUCCCGAAUUCUGCAGGGUCCUACAGAAGAUACCUCACAGAGAGUGUCCCAUAGAGAAUACCCCAUAGAAAAUACCUCACAGAGAAUACCCCAACGGAGUAUCCCACCAUAGAGUGUGCCACAGAGAAUACCCAGCAGAGCGUACCCCAAAGACAAUGCUCCAUAUAGAGCCCCAUGGAGAAUGCCCCACAGAGAGUGCCCCACAAAGGGUCUGAUGUUCUUAUGUUUCAGUUUUACAAGAAGGUAUUUAACCACAUACCUUUACAAAUCUUUGACAGAAUUCCUUUAUAGGUUUGUGGGGCCAUCUCACUCCGUCUAUGAGGCAUAAGCAGAAAAAUCUCUAAGCUCAAUACCUCAGUCUGUAGUGAUGCUGGUAAUUGCAGUCAGGGCAACAGCAGGAAGGAAAGAGGUGCGUGUAGACCGUAAAUGCCAGUAAGGAACUGUUGGGUCCAAGUAGCCUGUUUUUGUGUGAUUUUAUCUAUGUAAUUCCAUGUGUUGCUAUCUAGAAGAAGUGCUCAUAACUAUUAGAUAUCUCCAGAUGUUGGGGAGCUUGAACAUUUUACAAAUGAAAGAUGAGGAGUUGUCUGAAUUAUGCAAGAACAAGAGAGAUGAGGAAGGAAAACUAGGUGCCAAAAACAUUAGUUGGGUCUAUAAGCACAGAAAGAACAAGCAAAAUGAAAGUAUGUCAGUUUGUUGCAGAAUUAACAUCCGCUCAUCUUUCUGCCAUCUCUGAACCAAUUAAUUUAUGUAUUAUUAAAUGCUUCAAACAUAACUGGAAGAGAUAUUAUUUUCUUUGAGACAUCAUUGUGUUAUUUAAUCAUGUUGUGACUUUGAACAAAGCUUGAUGCACUUUUUAAUAAGUUUUCAUGUACUACAAAAGUAUUUGCUUUGGAGUGAGAAUUUCCACAAUUGUUCCAAUUCAGUGUAUGUUUCUGUUCUGUAAGCUUAAUUAAAUGACUGAGGUGUUUACCUUG